AUGUCAGAAUUCUUCGAAACCGUUAUUGGUCAGCCCCUUGCAAUUUACCAGCUUCCCAAUGUCACCUUGAUUGCCGAAAUGAAUGACACUAACGAGCUCCGGCGCCUGCUGCAGUUGGUAAUUUGCUGUGCCGUCAAUGGAGAAAACAAAGAAUUCUACAUCCAAGGAAUCUUGAACAUGGAGCAGGCUGUACAACAGGCUGUCAUGGAAACUAUACAGGAGGUGAUGAAUGAAAAAUCUUCAGAAAAAGAUGAGUCUUCCCUUCUCAGUAAGUUGGUGCAGCUGGAAGCGGAGAAGUCGACGGUGGAGUCGGAAUUGGAGGAGGCGCUCCACAAGAUCAGUCUCCUCGAGGAGGGUCGUGGUGGUGUGGCCGACGGCGAGCCCGGAUCUGUUGGAGCAACCCUUCAAGUGCGUCAGCUGCAAGACAAACUGAGGACACUGCAGGAGGAGCUCUUCCAAUCCGAAGCAGAUGCACAAGAGUCGAAAAUGCGCCUUGUGGAGGCUCGCAAAACAAUUGAAGAACUCCGAAAAACAUGUGACACUUUGACACGUCAGGCGGACGAAGCGGCCCACUUCAAGGACGAGUUGGACAUAACGCGGGAGGAGCUGCGAGAAGCCAAUAGGCGCGCUGCAUCGGUUGACCAAUUGAAGAAGCGUGCUGAUGAGGCCGUUGCUCUGCGUGUUCGCUGCACCAAACUCGAAGCCGACAAUGCCGCCUGCCUCAAACGUGUGGCCGAGCUCGAACAGGAGAACAGACUGAAUUCGAGCCUUCGUGUGCAAGCCGAGGCGACUCGAAACCAAUCAGCUGAGGCCAGUUCUCGGGCCUCAGAGCUGGAACUUCGCGCCCUGCAGAUGGAAGAUGAGCUGAAGAAGACCAAGGCGGACCUGCUGGUGGCUCUGAGGGAGAAGGAUACCCUUUUUGCGGAACUGAAGCGGCUCAGAGACAGCAAUGAAAAGGAACUCACGCCUCCAGAAUUGGAGACUGGUGACUGUCUGGUGAACCUCCAGUCACAUCUGCAUUCGUCUCCUAAAUCGGCAGAGCGAAACGGGCAUCUGGAACUCAAAAACGAUACUGUCUACGAGGUGGAACAACUCUACCGAGGCUACUUAGCUAAAGCUCUAGAGGUAAUCCGACAGUUAGAUCGACGAGCCGUGGCGGCGGAAACUGCCGCGGCCCAGAGCGGCGAACAACAGCAACCACCAGACGCUGAAAUCACUCGUCUGCAAGCCCUGCUUGUCGAAAAGGAGAAUAUUAUCGAACAACUGGAGCGGCACCACGAGCAAGCCAGACGUCAGCGCGACCUUGAGGAGCGGAUGGUUCUCACCGCAUGGUACCACCUCGGAAUGCGGAUGAAUAGGGCGAACACUGAGGCCCGGCUUUACCAGCGGCUUGGGGACCCGCAGACCCUUUCCACACCGUCCUCUUUCCUGGCACAGCAACGUGUCAGGCACCUGCACUAUUCCCCUCCGCCGUCAUCCUCCGAAGUUCCCAUGCGCCAGUCUCGUGCUCAACCUCCCAACGAUUCACCGAAACCCCAAGUUGGAAGUUGUUACAAAUUACUCAUCUUAGUUCGACACGGUCAGUAUGAAACAGAAGCUCUGACAUCCAACAAAAAAGUUCUUACGGAUCUGGGGUGGAAACAGGCUCGGGCAACUGGCAAAAGGUUGCGAGCGCUUGGAUAUAACAUCGAUUGUAUUGUACAUUCUGAUAUGAUAAGAGCCAGGCAAACAACUGCAGGUAUACUGUCUGAGCUUGAUCAGAUGCAACUGGCUGACACUGGAAUCCUGGAGAUAACUGCAAAUCCCCCUCUUCCCGGGCCUAAAGACUGUGUCGACCUCCGAAAAUCUCCUUUGAAGUCGAUGACCUUGCCCUUACUUGAGUCCAGUUUAAUGGCAGAGGGCCCACCCCCCACUGAACCGGAACCUAGCCCAGCUUCAAGAAUUAAGCACUUGAAAAAUCUAAGUCUCGAAGACAAAGCGGAUAGGGUGGAUCAUCAGAAUAGAGUUGGCUCCAGUUUUGUUUACCUCAUACACAGGAGGCCGAUUUCUGACGCCGGUAAGCGCGCCCUGGGCGGACCUGCAAGCUGUGUGCAAUGCACACAGCCAAAUUGCCUCUGCUCACGAGCAAUGCAGGAUCGACCACUGGAAGUUAUCCUGUUCGUUGGUCACGCAAACGUGUUCCGCUAUUGGUUGUGUAAAGCACUUCAGCUUCCUCCGGAGGCCUGGCUCCGGAUUUCCCUCCCCCAUGGUAGCAUUACGGAAUUGCUUAUAGAGCAAACUCAGGGGGACGCGGAUGAACCCCCUACGUGUACGGUUCAAGCUCUGCGUGUUGGUGAUGACGGACACAUGCCUGUUGACCUACAAAGCCGGUGA